GCCUUCGCGAUUAUUCUCAGAUACCAACAUGGCCCUCCUAUCUUUCCUAGUUACCAUUCUCACCUUUAGCGCAUCCACCGUCAAUGCAGGUGUGUUGCGACGUAGAGACGGCGUGAACGGUGACAUUGCUCAGUUCAGUCUCGGCUGGAGCACAUGUGCUGGGACUGUUGCAGCGCUGUCUAGCGGCAGCCACCUCGAGUUCCAGUCCGACGGAGACCUGGUGCUGCACUUUAGCGGUGGCAUCUCGUUCAAGACUGGUUUUUCCGAUCCUAGUCUACCAUGCUCAAACCCAUGUAACUGUCGUCUGAUACUGCAGGGGGACGGCAACCUAGUGACAUAUAUCAACUAUGGCCAGCCUAACCAAGUCGUCGGAUGGAAUUCCGGGACAGCGGGUGUCAAUACUAAGACAGGAACGAUGGCGAGCUACUUCGAAGUCUUCGGUAACAAAGUCGCCAUCAAUAACUUCCCCUUCGUCGCAGUCGUUGACUCCAGAGGUUAUGGGUUAUUCACUACAGAGCUUGAUGAGAUCCCUGGGACCGGGCCUACAUCAUGGUGCCCUGGACAAACCUUAGGACAAUGCGGACUUCCGGAUGUCUUCCCAUAAAGCCUAAUACAUAGCGACGUUAUAAGAUAGCAUCGGUGGUCUCAAUGGAUGCUGGAAGUUUAAGGCUCCUUGUGUUUAGAUAUGCCAAAGAGCUGUUAUGCAUCACGUGGGUUCCAGGGAUUGACAAUGGCUACUCGGCUUAAUGGUCAACGCAAUUCGAUAAUAACUCCCGACGGCAAAAUGUUUUUAAACGUUUGAACACAAUUUACCUACCUAGGUAGAUAGGAUCCGGAACACUCAGGCACACGAAUAGCGUACGUGUGACACGUAUGAGGUAAUCGAUCAGCGCGUUCAGGACGUAACAUAAAUGCUGAAUGAUAUGACCUGCGCCUCAUCAACUCGAG